AGUGGGGCUGUCGGAGCGGGGCGGCCGUGUAGCUCACGGGAACUAGCUGUCGUGGGGGUGGAGGGGACUCGAGUGGCGGCUGCGUGGGGUGCAGGGCGGGUGGCUGCACGGCUGCACCUUCCUCGCGGAGCUCGGAGCCGACUUGGAGCAAUUGCGGUGAGGCGACAGCCCCGGCGCACACCCGAGAAGAAGCGGCCGUGGCAGCGGUGGCGGCGGCCCCAGCCAUGCUGUGCUAUGUGACGAGGCCGGACGCGGUGCUGAUGGAGGUGGAGGUAGAGGCAAAAGCCAACGGCGAGGACUGUCUCAACCAGGUGUGCAGGCGUUUGGGAAUCAUAGAAGUUGAUUAUUUUGGGCUGCAGUUCACGGGUAGCAAAGGUGAAAGCUUAUGGCUGAAUCUGAGAAACCGGAUCUCUCAGCAGAUGGAUGGGCUGGCACCUUACCGGCUUAAACUGAGGGUCAAGUUCUUUGUGGAGCCUCAUCUCAUCUUACAGGAGCAGACAAGGCAUAUCUUUUUCUUGCACAUUAAAGAGUCCCUCUUGGCAGGCCACCUCCAGUGCUCCCCAGAGCAGGCAGUGGAUCUUAGCGCCCUCCUGGCACAGACCAAAUUUGGAGACUACAACCAGAACACCGCCCAAUACUGCUAUGAGGAUCUGUGUGAGAAAGAGCUCUCCAGCUCCACUUUGAACAGCAUUGUUGCGAAGCAUAAGGAGCUGGAGGGCAUCAGCCAGGCUUCUGCAGAGUACCAGGUUCUGCAGAUCGUGUCAGCCAUGGAGAACUAUGGCAUAGAGUGGCAUGCCGUGAGGGACAGCGAAGGGCAGAAGCUCCUCAUCGGGGUUGGACCUGAAGGCAUCUCAAUCUGUAAAGAGGACUUUAGCCCCAUUAACAGGAUAGCUUAUCCUGUGGUGCAGAUGGCCACCCAGUCAGGAAAGAAUGUCUACUUGACCGUCACCAAGGAGUCCGGCAACAGCAUCGUGCUUCUGUUUAAAAUGAUCAGCACCAGGGCAGCCAGUGGGCUCUACCGAGCCAUCACCGAAACGCACGCAUUCUACAGGUGUGACACAGUCACCAGCGCCGUCAUGAUGCAGUACAGUCGUGACUUGAAGGGCCACUUGGCGUCUCUGUUUCUGAAUGAAAACAUUAACCUUGGCAAGAAAUAUGUCUUCGAUAUCAAAAGAACAUCCAAAGAGGUCUAUGACCAUGCCAGGAGGGCUCUGUACAAUGCCGGGGUUGUGGACCUUGUCUCGAGAAACGACCAGAGCCCUCCCGGCUCACCUCUGAAGUCCUCCGACAGCAGCAUGAGCUGCAGCAGCUGCGAGGGCCUCAGCUGCCAGCAGACCCGCCUGCUGCAGGAGAAACUGCGCAAGCUGAAGGAAGCCAUGCUGUGCAUGGUGUGCUGCGAGAGGGAGAUCAACUCUACCUUCUGCCCCUGUGGCCACACUGUGUGCUGUGAGGGCUGUGCAGCCCAGCUGCAGUCCUGUCCGGUCUGCAGAUCACGUGUGGAGCAUGUCCAGCAUGUCUACCUGCCCACCCACACCAGUCUUCUCAACCUGACUGUCAUCUAAUGCGUCCUGUGCUUACUGGACAAGCCAUGUCCCCACAAGCUGCAGCAUUGUAAAUUAUAAGAAUAAUAACUUUGUGAAGAGAUAUCUCACUCACAAUACCCAUCUGCCAUGAGACAUUUUCAGAAACAAGGAAGAAAGGAAAAACAAGAAUACCAUCACACCUCUUCCAUGAUGUGAUGCAACAGUCCCUGUGACAACCAGGAAGAGCUCUGGUACAUGGACACAUUCCUUGGACUUUGGGGUUUUUUUGUUUUUUGUUUUUGUUUUUCUUUUAAUGAUCAAGUAAAGGAGUAGAUAAAAUCGUCUUUGUCAGUCAAGUGGCAACGUUGCCCAACAGUGGGCACCUUUUAGGAAAUUAUGUCAUAUGUCUCCUUCACUUUUCCCGAGGCAGCAGAUUUUGUAAGAGUUUUAAGGAUUUCCUUGGUUCUUUUUGUAUGGUCAUGGCACGCUGAACAUUUUUAAUGGGGAUUUUUUUUUCUUAAAGAAAUAGUCCUCAUUAUAAAGUUAUUUCCAUCUUUAUAACUCGUUCAAGAACAACUGGAAAGCUAGCAGACUGAAAAAGCCAUCCCGUGACUUCUCAAGGGUUGACAGCAAUGUUGUCAGAUUGGAACCAGUCUGGCUGAAAGCCAACAGGUAACUCACCGUGGGUGACUUCUUUCCUAGCCCUUCUGUCUCCCUCACUCCGCACCCCACACCUUUCACCGAGAAAAAUGCUACCAGUUUGGUUAAAAGACAGACAUGGCAUAGCCAAGCACUCCCUGGGCUUUUGAGAUUAGAAAGUGAGAGUGGCUUCCUUAGAAGGAAAAAGCUGAGAGAGGGAGAGAGAGAGAGAGAGAGAGAGAGAGAGAGAGAGAGAGAGAGAGAGAGAGAGAGAGAGAGAGAGAGAGAGAGACCCAGUGUGCCAGUGCCGAGUGGUUCUUCACUUCCCCGUGCACUCCCUGCAGCUGCACCCGUGGGUGUUGCCUUGCUUGAAGAUCAAACUUUCUACAGCCUUAUAGGUUUCUAGAUAGUAUCUCCUUUUUGUGUUUGUCUUAUUUCCCUUUGUUCAUGUCUUCCUAAGUUAGUGCUUCCGUAUUCAUUGUACUGCCCCCUCAGUGUCUUCCAGAGAUGGGGCUACUUCAUUAUGUUUCCAUAUUCUGAAUCCUGUUUUCAUCCCCCACUUGGGCAUUUUGGAAGCUAGUGAGCUAGGGGUUUUCUAGGGUGUCAGGAAACCUAGUUGACCUCAUCGGGUGCAAUACUAGCUAAGUUAAAGCUAGAAACCUACACUGUCACUUUACUGAGAUUUCUGAGUCUACGUUUCAUAUUGCCUUAAUGUAGCAGUAAUGUGUUUAUGCAUUUGUUUCUUUGCACAGACAUUUUGUCAGAUAUUAAAACUCUACUUUUUUAUGGCACAUAUUAGCAUAUAAGCCUUUAUUCCAAGAGGUAUUUAUUUUUUCACUUGUAAAAAAAAAAUAAUGUUUCCACAUUUAAAAAAAAAACCAACUCUGUUAUAUCCUAGAGGACUUCUGUCUUUUAUAUUCAGGAUAAUAAAGACUUUAAAGCAAAGUGA